UUUGUUCCAUUCAAUGACGGGAUUGGUGGAGAUCGCGCUUAUAUAUUCAUCAAUUCGAUAGUAUCACGUCGAGUUGUCAACAAUUACAAUUUAUAAAGUUAUAUUAUAGCGUUUCAUUUUUUAUGUUUUAAAUAGUUGUUAUUGAAUAAUAUUACAUAAUUUUAAGCUGUCUAAUAUUAUUUUAUAAUUUACCAUAAUGGAUGCUCGAAGACGAGAUCGAGAACAAAUCGGUUUAUGUGGUGUUGACAGAGUUUGGGGUAAAUCACCUACACGAAUAGAAGAUUCUGAUGAAGAAGAUGAGAUUAAAAAAUAUAAGGAUGACGUACUCCCCAAAGAUAAAAAAAGAAAAUUAAAGGACAAACAGAAGAAAAGCAAAAAGUUAAAGAAAGAGAAAAAAGCUAAGAAAGAAAAGAAACAUAAACGUAAGAAAAGAAGGAAAGUCUCAGAUAGCAGUUCUGCUAGUGAUUCUGAAGAAAGUUUAGAAUGGGUAGAAAAGACAAUAGAAAACAGUAAAGCAGAAAUUAAGAAAGGAUCUAGUUCUGAUGAAAGUGGAAAUGAAGGUUUAGUUGGACCAAUGAAACCAAAACAACAACAUGUUGCUUUGUCUGCAAAAGAUUUUGGAAAAGCUUUAUUACCCGGAGAAGGUGCUGCAAUGGCAGCAUAUGUCGCAGAAGGUAAACGUAUACCUAGGAGAGGUGAGAUUGGUCUUACUUCUGAAGAGAUUGCGUCAUAUGAAUCUGUCGGCUAUGUCAUGAGUGGUAGCAGACAUCGACGUAUGGAGGCAGUCCGUAUUCGUAAAGAAAAUCAAAUCUAUUCUGCUGAUGAAAAAAGAGCAUUGGCAAUGUUUAGCAAAGAAGAAAGACAGAAAAGAGAGAACCUUAUAUUACGACAAUUCAAAGAAAUGGUUAAUCAAAAGCUUGCACAAGAACAAAAAAAAUAAGUAAUUUUUUACUAUUUUUAAACAUUACAGAUAAAACUAUUAUUAUCACUUGUGCUAAACUUGUAUUAUACAACUUAUGCUAAACAAUAUUCAUGUAUUAUAUAAUGAUUUUUGUAAAUAGUAUUAUUUAAAUAUUUGAUAAUACAUUAACAGUGUGUAUUUAUCUGUACAAUGUAAAUUCUUUGUACUAUACUAUGUGUAUAUUCAAUUACUACUUUAGGAAAUUAAUAAUUUUUUAUUCAUUUGUAAAGUCCUUUUUAUUGUAUGCAUCAUAUAUUAUUAGUCAAAAAUCAUAUUAUUUUUAAUAAUAACAAUAUUAUGCUCAAUUGUACUAUCACUUUAAUUCUGAUUACUUUCCCAAUUAAGCCAACCACCCAUAUAAUUGUAUACACUGGGAAAGAAAAAUAUCUUAAUUAUUAUUAUUUAAUCAAAAAUAUAUGAAUAAUAUUCUUUUAAA